GAUACCGUAGAAGUAGUCGACUGUUCAGUAGGUCAAUGAUGAUGAAACAUUGCGGAUAUCUUCCCAAUCAUCUCAUCUUCACUGCCUCCCUGACAGUUGUAUUGAACCCCUUUUUUUCGCGCCCAUGGCUUCCGAAAACAACACCGGUGACACAUUGCGGGAUGUGAGCUUCCCGUAUCAGGCCUUUUCUAGCCAAGCCAUUUGGGUCGCAUUGCUUCUUGGCGCCGUGCCUAUCCUCCUGUCCUUCGUCCAAGACAAGACGUACAAUGACGGGCUCCCAAUCGUCAACCGAUAUUUCUCCCGGGAACCGCAUUUUCUGUCACGGCUGCGAUGGGCCGUUGGGGCUAGGAAGAUACUGGCCAGCGCCAAGGAAAAGUUCGGAGAUCAACCGUACCGGCUCGCCCGCGGUGACACCGAUGUCGUCGUCCUCUCGCCCGACUACAUUGCCGAGCUGAACAAGCUUCCCGUGGAGGUCAUUAGCUCGCGACAAUGGCAUGCACUGACAAUGCUGGGUGAUGUGACUGGCAUAAGCAUUGUGCGGCGGACGAGCUACCACGUCAAGAUAUUGCUGAGCCGGAUCAGUCCAGCACUGCCGGAGCUUCUGGAGCCGGCUGCCGAGCGCGCCUGCAGAGCACUGACGCGUCUCCUUCCCCAAGACCCUGAGGCUCCAUGGACUGUCAUAGACCCUCUGGACACCUUUGUCAGGUGUGUAAGCGAGGUUGUCUCUUUGGUCCUGUACGGAGCUCCGACUUGUGAUGACCCCGAGCUUGUGCAGUUGUGCCACGAGCACACGAAGCAUUUAUUCACCAUUGUAUUUGUCCUGCGCUGGAUCCCUGCGGCUCUUCAACCAUAUGUCGUCUGGCUACUGCCCGCAAAAUGGUACCUUGAGAAUGGCUGGAAGGUGAUCGAGGCACGUAUUGUUCCUCUGAUCAAACAGCGCAUGGAGGAAUUUGAAAAUGGCCUCCCGGCAAACCCGGACAUGGUCUCAUGGAUGGUGAAAGACGCUCGAUCAGCCCUACAGAAAGACCCAUGGUCCCUCGCCCGCCUCGCCGGCACUCUCACAGCUGGCGGCACCUACAGCACGGCUAACUUCGUGGUGGAAACCCUCUGCGACCUCGUUGCCCACCCUGAGCUUCUGGAGGAGGUGCGUGAGGAAAUCCGUCUCCAACACGAAAAGUGUGGCGGAGUCUGGGAUCAGGCCGCCUUCAACGCGUUGGACAAGCUCGAGUCCGCGAUGAAGGAAAGCAGUCGUCUCGCGCCAAGCGCUAUGCUGCUGUACGGGCGUGUUGUUGGCGAGGACUUCACUCUCCCUGGUGGACUCCGACUCAGCAAAAACCAGAAGAUCGCCGUCUGCGCUAACGACAAGGCCAUGGAUCCAGAAAUAUUUGAGGACCCGGAGACAUACAGGGGCCGACGUUUCUAUGAUGCCGAUUUAGCAAGCCACCGCGCGCAGCCUUUCCGCCAUGUGGAUCCGGUGCUCUUGACCUGGGGCUCAGGCCGCUGGGCGUGCCCGGGCCGAUUUUUCGCAAACAUGACCGCGAAGAUCCUGUUGGUCAAACUCCUGGAUGAGUACGAGUACAAGUUUCCGAAAGGAAAGCGGCCGCCUAAUGCCAUGAUGCAUGAGUUCAUUUUGUUUCAUCCUCUAGGGAGACUCUCCGUUCGCCGAAGAAAAGAGAAUCUGGGGAUUCGUUUCUGAGAUCACGGAAGUUUCCCGGAUAGAGUGUGGGCGAGUAUUUAGAUCCAUCCAGUCGACCGAAACACUGUUUUCCUUCGAGUGGUCUUCGAAGAAACCUUUCGCAUUAACGGUCACUUAGCACAAAUCAACGAUGUUUUCUUUCAGUCCUCACGUCGAGUUUUAGCUACAAUAUACACAUGAUAGAUUUGAUUGCGCCAA